GCGAUCCGAAAAGAUCGCGGAUCGCCUGUAGAAUUCGGUGUGGAUUGAGAUGUCGGAUAUCGGCAGCGGCGACGAGGGGCUUUCUAGUCAGAAAUAUCAUGGUCAAGGCAUGGACGCGGGAGGGAACAAUUUUGACUCCGGUCAACAGCCGCAGGAGCAGGAGUUGGCCACGAAGAUGCUCCAGAUCCAGUCGAAGCGGUUCUACCUCGACGUGAAGCAGAACAGGAGAGGCAGGUUCAUCAAGGUCGCCGAGAUCGGCGCAGACGGGCGGCGCAGCCAGAUCUUCCUGGCGAUGUCGACGGCGGCGGAGUUCCGCGACCACCUGUCCGGCUUCAGCGACUACUACUCGUCGCUCGGGCCCCCCAACCCGGACAACGUGCCCGACGACGGCAAGCUCAAGUCCGAGAUGAUGCUCAAGGACAACAGGCGUUACUACCUCGACCUAAAAGAGAACUCGCGCGGGCGCUUCCUGCGCGUCUCGCAAACGAUCACGCGCGGCGGGCCGCGCUCGCAGGUGGCUCUACCUGCGCAGGGCAUGAUCGAGUUCAGAGACGCCCUCACAGACCUGCUGGACGAUUUCGGCACUGACGACGGAGGCUUCAAGGGCGAGCUGCCCGAGGGGCGCCACCUGCGCGUCGACAACAAGAACUUCUACUUCGACAUCGGACAGAACAACCGCGGGGUCUACAUGAAAGUUAGCGAGGUUAAGAGCAACUUCCGCACAGCCAUCACGGUGCCCGAAAAGUGCUGGGCGCGCUUCCGGGACAUCUUAGCUGACUAUACUGACAAGAUGGGCCGAGCCCACCCCGACUCCAUGCAGGGCGGCGGCAGCGCACGCGCCGGCGGCAGCUCCGCGCCUCACCCCGACACAGAGUCGUUCGGCGCCCGGACCUGAUGCGGCGGGGGUGGCCCCGCCCCGGCCCCGGCGCCGCGCGAGUAGGGGCGCCGCGGACAUUCCGACCUCUCCUCCGUCAGCACGCCCGAGCCCACUGGGGCGCAAGCGUCGGCGGCAGCGUAACGGACGAGCGGCGAGCGUAAGCGGAAUAAAAAUGUUAUUCAAUGAAAUUUCAAUCGUAAAUUAGGCUCACGUGACACCUGGCGCCCGGAGCUUUAUUAUUCAUUUUUGACGUUUUAGAAAAUAACCUAAAACAGACGGAGGACCGCCUGUUCCGUUUAUUUUAAUGUACGUCUGUUAAUUUUCGUGUCAUAAAAAUAUGUUAGUGCGCACGGAAAACGUCCCACUUUGUCGAUUGCUAUAAAGCGGCUUUGUUAGUUUAUUCGUAUAAAGAUACGAGUAAAUCUCGCCUUAAUGGUAACCGACAAAGUGGGACGUUUUACUAAACGCAUAUCCAGUAACGCCUUUUAAAACGUUAAAAACUCAUGAUAACGUGUCUUGUCAUAAUUAAGGAAGCGUAAUAUUAUGCUUACGCUUCCUUAAUUAUGACAAGCGUUAAUGAAUGAGAUUUCAUUCAUAAAACGAUUACGCUUACCGCUCGGUUCCCAGAUCUCUGCGCUUUGACGCUACGCUUACGCGUCUUUGAAACUACGCUGGUAUCUCUUACGCUUACGCCCCAUUUGCUGAGUGCCUUAGUUGUAAGGUAUUAAUGUGAUAAACAUGUUUUUGAGCUUUAUUGUUUUAUCUUUUUUUGUAUAAUAAUUUCAAGUAUUAGGGCGGGGCGCCCGUUUCGUGGCCUCUCUGUACGCGGCUUCCCAACUCUUUACUUGAAUGAAAUGGCGAGCGGGGCGCGUUGGAAGCAUUUGGAAACUUUGCGCCGGUCGCGGAGUAAGUAUCUGAAAGUUAUGAAAUAUAAUAUGCUCUUAAUAAAAAUUACGCUCAACGCUGUCAUACAUACAACGUGUUUUCCUUUGGGGUUUUAAAUUUAGAGUGAGACUCUAUUCUAUUCUUAAAAGACUAAUCUUUGGAAUCGCUAUAUAUAUUUACGGUUUUACACAUUGUUUUGUUAUCAAUCAUGUUUGUUUAUAAAUGCCAUCUUUUCGUGUUUUCGAGAUAGCUACUUGUGUGUCUGUUUUCUAAUAAAAACAUCCACUGAAUUGAAAACUCCAUAGUGGACAGUACGCUGUAGUAUAUUUGACGCUUGAUGCUCUUAGCGUCAGCGUCAAGCGUAACGCUCAGAGCGGUAUUUCUCCAAGUCAAAGUAAUUAUGUGAUCCAAUUCGCCCCGCUUCGCCUCGGGCGCCCCGCAAGCGUAACAUAGGAUAAAAAAUUGGUAAAUCGAAAAAGAGAUUUUGAAAAAUGUAAAAAAAAAUCAAAUUUAACAAUCGUGCACGCCUGGCCGAAUCCUAACGACAUAAUAAGGAGUUACGUUAAAAUGCCACUUAUCUAGUUUGUAGGGGUAUGAUUUUUUUAUAUGGAUUAUUUAAUGAUAGUGCUUUGACUGAUAACGAGGGGAACCUGCGGUCUAAAAAUGCAACAUAAGAAAAUAUCAAUGAAAUCGUGUCCUACGUUUUACAAAUGUAGAUGGUCAACCAAAUGUUGGCACUAAAAAAAAUGAUCUAUGGGAAUCAAACCUUUGCUCCUACAUUUUAUUUAUUUAUUUUCAAUAAAUUUUAAGUGUUAUAGCUCGUUAAUGAUUCCGCCAACGUCAAGGUUUAGGAAAGCAUGCGUUUUAUGAAGACAAUUGGCCGGUGAGCCCUACGUUUUUCAGAUUUGCCGCCUUUUUUUGGGGCCAAGAUUUGGAUGACCGUCAGUUUUCACUGCAAUAUUAUUAUAUUGCAAUCGUGCUGAUUUUAGUGAUGAAAUGCAAUGAAUUCUAUUUUAUUUUAAACCAUGAUUAAGUACUAUAUUUUCAACUUUUAUUUCGAACUAUGAUUCAGUACUAUCAAUUCAACUUUUAUUUCAACGGUAGUGCACGCGUACCGCGGGUUCCCUUUUCGUGCACCGGGUGUUUACAGGUGGCAGGGCCGAGCCGCGGCACUCGUGACAUGGCGGUCAAUGUCAUGAGUUACGUUGAAUGGGCCUUCGGCGGUUAAACCGUCGGGGUUGUGUGAAAUUAAAGAUUAAAUCUUUGGCUUUAUAUGUUGACAUAGGAAGCAAGUAUACUGUAGUACAGACAGCAUAAUAAUAAUUUAGUUUGAAUAGAUUAAACCUCUGUUUGAGCUGAUAACACAUUAUUGUCUUCGGUAAGCGGGAUGGUUACUCAUGAAACAAAAGUACAAGUAUGGACUUUGAUUAUAUCGCGUUUAAAGUGUGACAAUUACAUUAACCAAAUAAUUCAUAAUGAAUCGAAAUAAAUGUUAUUUACAAAGCAAAAAUUACCAAUCCGAAGAUGUUUAGAGCUUUCGUCACAUCUAAGAUUGUGUGACGUCAGAUUACAUACAUUUGUAAUUUAAUCUGUAACCAAAUAAGCGUGUUGAAAAAACUCCCAAGUAUCUGGGAAUAAAUACUUCACAAAAAUCUUGUGUUUGUCCUAUCUAUGGUAUACUUGCUUUUAUAAAGUGUUUUGACCGCCAUUGAGUGUCGCUAGCUCGGUCAACUCAAAUCAUUAGAUAAACUACGCUAGCUGUGAUAUGUCGGCCCAGCCGAAGUUACAACUUGUACGGAGAUGGCGCCCAGUCGCACUACGUGCCAUUCGCGGAGACGCGUACUGUAGUUGACAAUGUCAUACAAGGUUAUUCCGCGCCAUCGUGAAUGACACGAUUAUCUUUGGGGGUUUCUAAAUUGUGGGGUGUGACGCUUUGGCCACGACAUGCUUUGUUAAUAAAAAAGGAGUUAAACUACCUACUUUGCUUCCUUUUAAGGGGUUUUAACUGUAAAAGUCGCUAGAAUCGUUUGAAAUUUAAUAAAUGUAUUGAUUUUGAGACUUUUAUACAGCUUUUUCCCAUUUUUUUUAAUUAUAAAUGGGCUUACUCUUGGCCACAGACUAGCCAAAGGCAAAGAGGCCUUCGAUGGAGUGAGCUCGCCCAGAAGAUACAUGUUCACCCUAGAUUUGUUACGAAAACAACUCAUACAAAUAAUAUGAUUAUAAUAUCAUUUCAGUAAGUACAUUUAGUGCUACUUGAUCGCACUAGUGCGGUAAUUGGUAAUUUAUGUUCCUAUGUCGAAACUUCAAAGGGUAAUAUGGAUUGAAAAACGUCGUACAAUACACGUACUAAGAGAAAAUUUGUAACUCGUAUCUAUUUAAAACACGAAGGAAUUUAUUGUAUCAUAAAUAUCAUAAUCAUUAAUGUCCUAUUCCUUAAUUAUAAAUUUUGAUUUUCCAAUAUUUUUAAGCGUCAUAAUAAAAAGGUUUAUAGCGUCAAGCGUAAUCGCUCGGAGCGUGUUUCGUGGCCCUCGCGUUAGAGCUUUAAGCGGGAGUUUGGUAUUUGUUUUUCCGCCUAAGCGGUGCGGCUGGGCUGGUUAGAUUAAGAGCCUUUCAGGAUCUCCAGUUAAAGCUCUCUUUCUUCUUGCAGGUGAAAGAAAGAGAAAGUGUUAUUUUUUAUCUGCCAGAUAGCUUUAACUGGAGAUUGUGAGGCCGUAAGGAUGGCGUAAGCACCCCGUGUUUAAGACUAAUUUUAUUGUGAGUUCAUGUGUUCUAAGAUUUUCUUAAAAAAAGACGCUCCCAAUUCAUUUUUAUGCCUUUCGUAUUGUAUUAUGGACCCUAAUGAUGGUUCUUAAAAAUUUCAUGUUUAAAGCUUAAUUUAAUAAUUGAAGAAAUAUAUCAAUUUUUUGUUAAUUUCUGUAUAAAUUUAUGUGGUAAUUUUUGAAAACAAUCAACAAAAUAUAUUUGUAAAGGAACCAUCAUUCGGCUCGAUAUCUAUAUUCUUUACGAUUUUCCAUUGAGUGACAUCAAUAAAACUGUGAACUUUUCGUGUAUUGAAUAAAAUAGUGAUAUAUACCUAAAAUUCUUAAGAACAUGAACUUUACAAUAAAAAUAGUCUGUUGAUAUCGCUCGACGGGUCCGUUUUUGGUGAAACCUUAACCGAGAUCUAACGAGUGUGUCGUGUGCGUGUGUAUAUAUAUGAGUGCGCGGGACGCACGCGGGCGGCGCGGACGUGUUACGGAUACGGCACGGUGACGAUUCGUUACUCGGUAAUGGUCCGUGACGGGACGAUUCCGUUCCGUGGCGCCGGGUUCGCUCCGUGACGGGACGAUUCCGUUCCGUGGCGCCGGUUUCGCUCCGUGACGGGACGUUUCCGUUCUGUGGCGCCAGGUUUGCUCCGUGGCGGGACGGCCUUUCCGUGAUGCUACAGUGUCAUUCCGUGGCGCGUCAGUGUUAUUCCGUGACGCUACAGUGCAGUCACGCCGUUCCCCCUCCGUGACGCGCCACCGCGCCGCCCCGCUGUAGUUUAAGUUCAGCACUACACCGGGCGUCGGACGUGCCUUUAUUUACUAAUUGUCUUUUUUGCAUUUUUUUGUUUUUCCUUUAUUCUAAGUGCAUCACCCGUUUUCACCCUAUAAUGGUAGCUCCGCGCCGGCGACGGUCCGCGCGUGAAGCGGUCAUCAUAUAUGCGGAUCCGCAUGCCGCUACGGUGUGCGAACGAGACAGCGCUAUAUAAGUAUAUAACCCUCUCGCUCACCGCAGCGCCGUGCAGUUCCCCAUCUGUGAAGACCGCAUUAUCUCGUUAUAAAUGUAAUAUUAUGUAUAUCUACGAAUUCGAGUCAGGUUAGUAGUAACUCGUUUUUAAAAUUUUAUUGUGUUACUAAAUGAUAGGGUAAUGUUUUUUUAUUAGUGGUACGUUGCCGACAGUUGUGAGGUCUCCGAUCCUUAUCGUCAUCGCGUCGCUCGUCGCUUCCGGACCCACCAUAGUAUCUAUACGAAAUUGUGUCGUUCGUAACAACUAGACUAUUGUUACUCAAUCUAUGGCGUCUGGUCGCGAACCGGUCGCGGCGACCGAGCGAGCGACGAGUCCUAGAGUACUCGACCUUACGGAGCUAGAGUAGCUUAUAAGCUAUGCAUUCAUCUCCCGGAGACCAUAUACUAAUAGUGUGGGAUAAGUUCGUGACGUCCGAUAAAAUGUUACAUAUAGAAAAAAAAAGAUAAAAUAUAUAAAAAAUAAAUCACUUCUCUAUAAUAAAAUAGAAAUAUAUUCGCCGGCGGGGGCGGCGCGGGCUCGUGCGGGCCGCGGGGAGGCGCGCCCGCCUCGCAGGGCGCUCGCCGAGCGGGACCACUCGCUCAGCCGGACCGCUCGCUCAGCGGGACCGCUCGCCCAGCGGGACCGCUCGCUCGGCGGGACCACCCUCGCGGGACCUCCGGUGUGCCUCCUCGCGACUAGUGGCUUAAUUUUAACAACAAUUUAUGGUACAAAAUGUAAUUUUAGUUCCAUAGAAGUUUAAGAUCUAACAGAGUUUAUAUUUAGAGAAAAGAUUAAAACCGACUUAGCAUCGUCGAUAAAUAUAAUUAAUGUUACAUAUAUGUGUAUCCGAGUGAGGAGUGACAUAAAUUUAAUGUUAACAUAGAUCUAUAUGUUGUGAGCUAGUUAUCGCGUGGUGAUUACGUCGGCUGCAGGCCUCGACGCGCUCGGCCCUUCCGAUAGGUCCCUCAGAGGCCUCUAUUGUCCCAUAAGUUCACUCUGCCCUCCUUCCCACAUAUGGCCUAAAAAACUUACUCGGGUUAACGAGUCAUGUUAUUUCAUACUCCAUUUAUCACAUUUGCAACCAUUAUUACUUUUAAUUUCAAUGUCUACAUUCGAUUGUCACUUAGUUUGGUCCCAGUCGAAUACAACAGCACAUCUGUGUCCAAAGUUGUACUCCCAUUUGUUCCUUGACCUCAGUUGUAACUUAUAGAAAUGCAUCUAUUCGUAUCAAUGUAGCUGAGACAAAUGAGAAUACGUAGAACGGUUGUGGCCGGGCGCCGGCCUGUAGCGAGUGCAGCGCUGCCCUGUGAUACCGCCCCCACACCUCCCACGCAAGCUUUCACCUCUUCUGUAAGCGCUAAGUGAACGCCUGCCGGGCGAACAUUCGAAAAAUAACCUAAUUCACGGCAACAAAUUUAAGCACGGCUCGUCUGCAAGUCUUGAACGCGCCGCAUCCGUGCCCCGUCAGUGGCCCGGAUCCGUGUCGGCGCCGGCAGGCGCGCGCUCGGCGUCGGAUAGUCAAUUAUUGUAGCGGCCCCGCUCCCCCGCCCGCACCACCUCUAGCUACGGGACGACAACACCGCGAAACUAUAAAAUAAAACUAAAAAAUCCUAAAAAAAACAGAGUUAUAAAUAGUACGUUAGUUUUAAUUAUAUUUCUGACAAGAAUCGAUGUUUUACUAAAGUUUAUUUACGCGUUCGUCCGCGGCGGCCCGGGCCGCCCUGACCGAGCGGCAUCGAACUCACGCAAUACACGAUUUUAACUACACGUAAGCAAUACCACAGUACCUGAAAUUAAGGAAAAAAAGAGUAUAAAAUGUAAUAGUACGGAAAUAGUGGUCGGAGCACGCCGCCCUGCGGUGUCCUGCGGGUUCGAUGGACGUUCAGUUUAGUUUCGGGUGGUCGAUCGUACUAAGGCUUCUGUAAUUGUUAAAUAUUGUCAAAUAAAGUAAAUAAAGUAACGGAUCUUGCAACGUUCGUAAUUGUAUAGCUGGAGCGCUCACCGUAUUGUUCAGCCAGUGCAGUAAUCUGGGAGCUGUCUGAAUCAGUCGCGAGACAAGUCGGUCGACGAAUCGGCAGGUUAGCGGUUAGGGUAAACGGUUGUAGGGAACACGAGCGGCGGCGCGCGCCGUGUCGGCUGCGCUCGGCUCCGCUCGGCGCGCUCCGCCUCGACGAGGGUGACACAGCUUGACUCUUUCAUACUGAAGAGAGAUUAGGGAACACGACACCAGUCCCCUAGUAUCGUAGUUUGUCCGGAGACAGACGUGUAUGUGAGUGGGAGGCCGCGCGGGCCGGGCCCCGCGUGGCAUAUCAGACGUGGGGAGUGAAGUUGAACAAAUACUGCCAAUCGAUUGUAGGUUUAUAAUAAUAAUGGAUAAUGAUUUGUAGAAUUAAACGAUUUCGAGAUAUUGUGUCCUGAAUAUUUCAUAUUUUAUGUAUAGUAUCGAUAACGGUGGCCGAGGGUCGUUCAAAUGUUCCGCUUCGGAAAACGUUCAGUUUCGUUCGUGCCUUCAGACUUCACAGAGUAACUGACAAUAGCAUUGCGACGGCUAGCGACUCACCGGGUGUUUGGACGGACAGGCCACCAUGUAAAUGUUUCCUUAGAGCGAGGAUGGAUACAAACUGUGUUCUGUAGAGUACCGAGCGACAGGGCGUUGACUAGAUAGGACGCGCCGCGCCGCCGCGCCGGACCCGGCCCGGAUCCGGCGCGGGUCCGGCGCGGGGGCUCGGCGCCGUAAGUAAUUGGUGCGAGGAGUUCGCAGAAGGAGCUAAGUUGUAAAAAUACUAGAUUGCUAUAUACAUAAAUUGUUAGGUUUAAUAGUGUUGGCAUAUUGGGUGUUGUGUAUGGGGAGGUAGAGACAGACGACUGCUCUUGAAUUCUCGAUAGCGCCCCGUGUGAAUGAGGUAGUUAGCUCUUACUAAUUAAAGCUUUUACGAACUAUUCGAUUUGGCACCCAAUAUGCACAGGAAAAGUAGUUGGUAAUUUUUGAUAUCGAGAAUUCGGAAUUGUGGGACUGAUGGGGCUCAUAAGAUGAGGAUAAAUUUUUUUUUCGGAUUAUUCUAAAAUUUUUCAAUUCGUGUGUGACACGGCUCGCUUCUCUCUGAGACUGGUUCGGUGUGUGCCGGGCGGGGCGGCGGCGCGAUUAGCGCGCGACUGCCGGCCGACAGUCGCACGACAGCCGCGUGACUCGCGCCCGGCGCGGUCGCCGCGUCGCGCCGCCGCCUCCGACCCGGAUGAGAUUUUGUAUCCAAAGAUUGUAUAGUGUGAUGUAUAACUUCCUAUAGGUUUAUUAUUAUUAUACUAGUAUUUUAUACUUGUUAUUUUUCUAUUGUUUGACACUAGUUCGUAAAUGUUUGGAACAUUGUCAGAUCUCCAGGUCGAUUUUAAAAUUUAGCUGUUAUUGUAUAAGUUGUGGCCGAAAUUGUCGAGGCCGCCGCGAUGCGAUGCGAUCGGAUCGCGGCGUGUCAUAUUAUAUCAGUAUGUAUUAUUUGGGAUGACGGAAGUUAUGUGAGCGCGUGAUGUGGCAUAUAAUGUUACCGCGCUGUCGUCUGUUCGUUGUUCAAGUUGUUAAGGAAAUUCGAUAACUGAUAAAAAAAGUACAUAGUUAAGGCCUUAGAUUUCCAAUGAAGUCGUUUAUUCCUUUGAAUUGUUAACUAGCUAACUUCAAGCACGUCGAUAUAGAAAGUCUAAGGGGAGUCUAAGGGGAGUUUCCAAAGUAAGCAACUUUGAUAGACAUCCGACAUCCAGGAUUUGAGGAUUUCAUACAUAGAGAAAAGAUGAGUAAAUUUUUUCUCAAAGUCGCUUGGGGGUUUGAUGAUUCAGUCAAGUCUAUUAAAACCGUAAUAUAUACUUACAUCCAUGGCUAAUUUCACAGUGGAAUAAUUUUUACCUUAAUUAUGUACAUUUUUCAUUGCCUUAUCGAACUGUGACAAAAUAUCAAAAUAGGAGCGAGCCUCCUCACAACGGUAAAGACAUAUACAAGUAAGGACAGACAACAGCGCCGCGCUCGAGGUUGCGGCAGUAUAACUGCAUGGUGCUCGUGUACUUACGAUGGAUAUAAUAAUAUUAUCUUUCUUAUACUAAAGUGUGACGCCUAUUUAUUUUGUAUACGAAUCGACACGCUAAUUUUAGUAUUUGUUUAUUUGUGACUUCAUGCCCUUUGAGUGUCUCGCCUCAGACUUGACGCAGGAUGGACGGCCGCGACGACACGUGUCGCAUGCGACAAAAUAAAUUGACCAUGUUGCUUAACUUUUAAAUUUUAUGAUAAACCCGAACUUGCUUUGACACAUAAUGUGACUGGUUAUACAUACAAGUUAUUAGUGUGUUUUUAGUAUCGCAGAAUAUGUAAAAUUCUGAAAAACAUAUUUGACUACAGAUAUAGUGCGAAAAGAAUUGCCUUCGUAUUGUUACGGAAACGUACGAACGUGUCAUGCUAUUCAGUCAGUCUCAGUACAAGAUGUACUGACAUUGAUUGAACUAGCGUGACAAAUACGAACGUUUCCGGAGAAAUACGAAGAAAACACUUUUCGCACCACAUCUGUACUCUAAACAUGUCUACACCUUACUUAUAUCACACAUCCUAAAUGGCACAGUACAUGUAUCUUUGGCAAGUUUUCAAUGACUUCCACAAUUGAGGAGUGUCUUUUCAAAAAGGUUUAUUUAUUUCGCGACUCUACUUCUGAUGUAGAUCCUUGGUGUAUCUCAUAAGACACACUGUCAAACCAGUGCUGAAAUAAAAAUAAGUCCUUUUGAAAAGACACUCCUCAAUUGUUUGUGAAGGGCAAAGGCCGCAAAGGU